CAUUGUGUUUGAAAAGUAACCUGUUUUUUUUUUCUUCUCUCUCGCUUGAUCUUCUCUAAGUUCUGUAUACAAUGUCGGAUGGUCAGGAGAGCGAUAAGAACAUUGAGAUAUGGAAGAUUAAAAAACUUAUCAAGGCACUGGAAGCUGCUAGAGGCAAUGGCACCAGCAUGAUUUCACUUAUCAUGCCUCCACGUGAUCAAGUAUCUCGUGUUACCAAGAUGCUUGGAGAUGAGUUUGGAACUGCAUCAAAUAUUAAGAGCAGAGUGAAUCGCCAAUCUGUGCUUGGUGCAAUCACAUCUGCUCAGCAGAGGCUUAAGCUCUACAACAAGGUUCCACCAAAUGGGCUUGUUCUUUACACUGGAACAAUUGUGACUGAUGAUGGGAAAGAGAAGAAGGUUACAAUUGAUUUUGAGCCAUUCAAGCCCAUUAAUGCAUCACUCUAUCUUUGUGAUAACAAGUUCCACACUGAAGCCCUGAAUGAACUUUUGGAAUCUGAUGACAAAUUUGGAUUUAUAGUGAUGGAUGGGAAUGGGACUCUUUUUGGGACAUUGAGUGGCAACACGCGUGAGGUCCUUCAUAAAUUUAGUGUUGAUCUGCCCAAGAAACACGGAAGAGGAGGACAAUCAGCCUUGCGUUUUGCUCGUCUCCGGAUGGAGAAACGACACAACUAUGUGAGGAAAACAGCAGAGCUUGCAACCCAAUUUUAUAUAAAUCCGGCCACCAGUCAGCCCAAUGUCUCCGGCCUGAUACUAGCUGGUUCUGCUGACUUUAAAACAGAGCUCAGUCAAUCUGAUAUGUUUGAUCCUCGUCUUCAGGCUAAGAUUCUAAAUGUGGUUGAUGUUUCUUAUGGAGGGGAAAAUGGUUUUAACCAAGCAAUUGAGCUGUCUGCUGAGAUCUUAGCCAAUGUGAAGUUUAUACAAGAGAAGAAAUUGAUAGGCAAGUACUUUGAGGAGAUUAGUCAGGACACUGGGAAGUAUGUCUUUGGGGUGGAUGAUACAUUAAAAGUUCUGGAAAUGGGUGCUAUUGAGACACUUAUUGUGUGGGAAAAUCUGGAUAUUAUGAGGUAUGUGCUGAAAAAUAGCGGUUCUGGAGAAACAGUUGUCAGACACUUCAACAAGGAGCAGGAGGCUGAUCAGAGUAACUUCCGUGAUCCUGCUACAAAUGCAGAAUUAGAGGUUCAGGAAAAAUUGUCACUGCUUGAGUGGUUUGCUAAUGAGUACAGGAAAUUUGGUUGUAGUCUGGAAUUUGUCACCAACAAGUCACAAGAAGGAUCUCAAUUUUGCCGAGGUUUUGGUGGUAUUGGAGGACUCCUCCGUUAUCAGCUUGAUGUUCGAGCUUUUGAUGAGCUUUCUGAUGAUGGUGAGGUUUACGAAGACUCUGACUAGCAAUUACCAACUUCUCAAAUACCAGUGCAGAAGUUGAGCGGGAAAGCCUGUACUGGUGUGCAAGGGCUGUCGCCUUAUUUGUCCGCUCAUGUUCUAAGUGAAAUAUUUCUAAGAGCUCUUAAGAUGGAUGAUCUGCACGGCGAACCUAAAUUGGCAUCAAUUUCACCAUGCGCUUUUUGAAUCCCGUUCAGUUUCCGAGUGAUUCAGGCUGUUGAAAGAAUGGAGAACUAAAUCCAAGCAGUGUGGCUGUUAUUUUCCUGUUGAAGAUGGAGAACAUCAAAAACUUUAUGCUAUGCUCUUCUUGGAGGAGUGAUGCAUAUGAAAUUAUGAAUAAUGCUAUUUAUAUUUUCUAUGAAGUGAUUAUGACUCUACGC